UCCAGCUUGGGCCAGAAGCCUGAGGGCCACACAGAAGUUGGUGAGCUUGCAGGCAGGUUCCUCACCCCUGUGGCCAUGGGCGGCAACAUUGGGCAGCUUGGCAUUCAUACCUCUAAGUCCCUAGCUGCGGAGGACCCCUUUGACCCUGUGGAGCCACCCAAAAGACCCACGAGCAAUCUCAUCAUGCACAGCAUGGCCAUGCUUGGCCGGGAGUUUUGCUAUGCGGUGGAGGCCGCCUACGUGACUCCGGUGCUGCUCAGCGUGGGGCUGCCCAAGAGUCUGUACAGCACGGUGUGGCUCCUCAGCCCUGUCCUGGGAUUCCUGCUGCAGCCUGUGGUGGGAUUAGCCAGCGACCACUGCCAGGCCAGGUGGGGCCGGCGGAGACCAUACAUCCUCACCCUGGGCCUCAUGAUGCUCUCGGGCAUGGCUUUGUACCUCAACGGGGACGCUGUUGUAUCAGCUUUGAUUGCUGAUCCAAGAAGGAAGCGGAUUUGGGCCAUAACCAUCACCAUGAUAGGUGUAGUUGUCUUUGAUUUUGCUGCUGACUUCAUUGAUGGGCCCAUUAAAGCCUACUUAUUUGAUGUCUGCUCCCAUGAGGAUAAGGAGAGGGGCCUCCACUACCAUGCCCUCUUCACAGGUUUUGGAGGUGCCUUGGGUUACCUUUUGGGUGCCAUCGACUGGGCUCAUCUGGAGAUAGGAAGAGUGCUGGGCACAGAAUUCCAGGUCAUGUUCUUCUUCUCCGCCUUGGUGCUCACUCUGUGUUUUAUUAUUCAUCUCUGCAGUAUCCCUGAAGCCCCACUUAGAGAUGUUACAAAGGACACAUCCCCACAGCAAGCCCCCCAGGACUUUCCAUUGCCAUCAGACAAAAUGUACCAGUAUGGGUCUAUUGAGAAAGCUAAAAACGGUUCUGUAAACCCAGAGCUGGCAUUGAAGGGAGAAAAAAACAAAAAUCCUGCUGAACAGACUAGGAAGGCAAUGACCAUGAAGUCACUGCUGAGGGCGCUGGUGAAUAUGCCUCCCCACUACCGCUGCCUUUGCAUCAGCCACUUCAUUGGAUGGACCGCCUUCCUAUCUAACAUGCUCUUCUUUACAGAUUUCAUGGGCCAGAUUGUGUACCAAGGAGAUCCCUACGGUGCACACAACUCCACAGAGUUUCUCAUCUAUGAAAGAGGGGUCGAGGUUGGAUGUUGGGGCCUGUGCAUCAAUUCCGUGUUUUCCUCACUUUAUUCUUACUUUCAGAAACCUUUGGUAUCCUACAUCGGAUUAAAGGGUCUUUAUUUCAUGGGGUAUUUGCUAUUUGGCCUGGGGACAGGAUUUAUUGGGCUUUUCCCGAACGUCUACUCCACCCUGGCUCUGUGUACCUUGUUUGGUGUGAUGUCCAGUACUCUAUACACUGUGCCCUUUAACCUCAUUGCCAAGUACCACCGCGAGGAGCAGGAGGAGAAGAGACAGCAGGCCCCGGGAGGGAGCCCGGACGGCGGUGGGAGAGGGCAGGGCCUGGCCUGCGCCGUCCUCACCUGCAUGGUGCAGCUGGCUCAGAUCCUGGUUGGAGGUGGCCUGGGCUUUCUGGUCAGCAAGGCUGGGAGCGUCAUCGUGGUGAUCACGGCCUCUGCGUUGGCGCUGAUCGGCUCCUGUUUUGUGGCUCUCUUUGUUAGAUACGUGGAUUAGGUCAAUAAACAUUGUCCCUUCCCUCAGACACAGGGAAGUCCAUG